CGCCGACGCGUCACUAGCAACUGGGACGCGAAGUCGGUGAAAAUUGCAGCAACUGGCGUGCUAUUUGUUGACGAACCGUACAUUUAAAAAUAUAAUAUAUAUAUAUAUGUGUGUGUGUUUUAACAGUUCUUUAUUUCAUGGCUACGUCGACCUUGUGUUAAAGAAAUUUGUUAAAGAAAACUGCUUGAGAGCUUUAUUGUGCGACGUGGCUGCUGUGCACGUGCGGCUGUGAGGACUGAUCCAGCAUGGACUCCAGCACAAGAAAGCGUGUUAAAAUGGCUGCAGCGCUGGUGGAUGAAGAAGAGGAGCUUUCUCCUGAUGAGGAGAACGAGAUCAGUGCCAGCGAGGACGAGGAGGGUAGUGAUGAUGACAGGAAACACACCAAACUCCUGGAGGCUAUCAGCUCUCUGGGAGGGAAGAGAAGGAGGAUGCAGGCAGAGAGAUCGGAGGCCAGUGUGCAGGUCUCUGAGUUCUCAGUGAACGCGGAGGGAGCGGGAGAGAAGAUCCAGCUCUCGGACCUGCUGGGUUCCAUGGAGAAAACACCGGGAACCGCGAACACCACCAAGAAGCAGCUGAGGAACCUGCAGAACUCGAAAGGGACGCUGGAGCUCCCGCUGAGCCGCCAGCAGACUGAGAAGAUCCAGAGGGGUGUGGCGUACGAGCGCAGCAGUAAGGAGGUGUCCCGCUGGGAGAGUGUCAUCAAACAGAACCAGAAGGCCGAGCAGAUCAUCUUCCCUCUGAAACAGGAAUCAGCCGGACCCAAACGUGUGGAGCAGGUGGUGGCCGGCUGGAAGGCUCAGACUCCUCUGGAGCAGCAGAUCUUCAGUCUCUUGCGCAGUAAUAAUCAGCCGGUCACUGACCCUGUGUUGACCCCUGUGGAGGAGGCAUCCAUCAAGGCUAUGAGUCUGGAGGAGGCGAAGAUUCGGCGUGCUGAGCUCCAGAAGGCGCGAGUGCUGCAGUCUUAUUACGAGGCUAAAGCUCGGAGAGAGAAAAAGAUCAAAAGCAAGAAGUAUCAUAAGGUUCAGAAGAAGGCUAAGCAUAAGAAUUUCCUGAAGCAGUUUGAUGAGAUGAUGAAGACGGAUCCAGCUGCGGCGCUGGAGGAGUUGAAGAAGAUGGAGCUGUCCAGGAUGGAGGAGAGAAUGUCCCUCAAACACCAGAACAGCAGCAAGUGGGCCAAGACCAAGGCCAUCAUGGCCAAAUAUGACGACUCGGCCCGUAAAGCCAUGCAGCAGCAGCUGGAGCUGAACAAGGAGCUGACUCAGAAAUUGGUUGUGCCGUCAGAUGAUGAUGACGAGGGAAAAGAUGAUGAGGAAGAGGCGAGCGCUCUGCCCGACUUUGUGAACGACCCCGAGUCAGCAAGCGGUGCCAUGAACCCCUGGAUGAGAGGAAGACUGACUGCAGAGGGUCACGAGGUCACUACAGAUCCUCACACCAUGAGUACGGAGGAACCGGCCAGAAGCCAGGAGGAGGUCGAGGAAGAGGAGGAGGAUGAGGAAGAGCAGCUGCUGGUGCACUUCGAGACGAAACGGAAGCUGAGGCAAGAUGAGGAAGAUGAUCUGGUCCCUGUCACACAGGAGGAGGAGGAAGAUGCAGACGGAGAGAAAACCGCGAGAGAUGGACAGGAGGAGGAGGAAGAGGAGGAGGAAGAGCAAGAGGUGGUGUCUGAAUUCAACACCUUAUUUAACAGGCUGAUGAAGAACUCUCGUACAUCCAUGGAGCCACCCCCACCGCCGGGUAAACCCGCUCGGACAGAAGAGGUGGAGCUUGAGCAGGAAGAGGAGGCACUUCUGGACGAAGGUCUGGUCCGUGCUCGCACCAUGGAGGACCUGGAGGGUCUGGUGCAUGAUGGGAUUGCGGAAGAGUCUGUGGCAUCUGUUCCACACGCUGCCAGUGUGGACGCGGCGUCUGAGCCACACAGCAGGAGGAAGAAAGAAAUCGACCCGAGAGAAGUGCUCACUAAAGACGCCAACGUGAUUAAAGUGCCGCUGGCGCCGACGCUGUUGGAGGGAGAGGAAGAGGAGGGCUCGUCAGCGCAGAUGUCCAUCAUUAAGGAGGCUUUCGCAGGAGAUGACGUCAUCUCCGACUUCCUGAAAGACAAAAAGAAACAGGAAGAGGCGGGGCAACCCAAAGUGGUGGACCUGACCCUGCCUGGGUGGGGGGAGUGGGGCGGAGUCGGCCUCAAGCCUUCCCGAUACAAACGCAGGAAGUUCCGGCUGAAGCCUCAUCCUGCUGCCCUGAGAAAAGACCAGAAGCUUCCGGCUGUGAUCAUCUCAGAGAAGAGGAACUCGUCUGUGGCGUUGCAUCAGGUGAGCCAGUUGCCGUUCCCGUUCCAGAACAGCUCUCAGUUUGAGGUGUGUAUGCGUUCUCCUGUGGGUCAGACGUGGAACACGCAGAACUCGGUGAAGAAGCUCACCGCUCCCAAAGUGGUGACCAGACUGGGGUCCAUCAUCGAGCCGCUGAGGAAGGAGGACUUCCAGCCGGAGGAGAAGAGCGCGGAGGCGCUGAAGAAACGGCCACAGAUCGUCCUGGAGGAGAAGAGAGGGAAAGGCGGGAGGGCAGGGGGUGGAGCCAGGAGAGCACAGAGACAACAACAACAACAGAAGAAGAAGAAACAGAAAACAGAUUAGAGGAGUGAAUGGAGUGACUUUAAUCAGGAAGAGUGAAUGACUUUCAAACUCGAUUCUUCCUGAAUGAAAGACGAGUGACUUUAAACUUUAUAAAGGACAGAAUCUGAAGCUUGAGCGGAGCGAUUUAAUGUAAAAAUCAUACGAAAGAGAAACUUGUUGAAAAUAUAAUCUUGUUUUUGUUGGAGUCGGUGUCUUCUCUGCCGUCUCUGUGUUUGGAAUUAAACUGCUCGGUGUUGU